AUGUUCUCAACGUUUGUCGCUCACUCCCACUCGCCCGAUCGCCCGGAUGCUCCCUCCACCAUCUCCACCACCUCCACCACCUCCACCACCUCCACCACGCCGCUUCCUUCGCUUCCUCCGCGUUCCAAGCGCAGUCAGGUCGCCCGCGCCUGUGACUGGUGUCGCGUUCAUCGCAUCAAAUGUGACAGCAGUCUCCCCUGUCAGAACUGUCGCAAUCGCGGCGGUCAUUGCAAAAAGAAAAGUGCUGCCGAGAUCCGCACGCUGCCCCACGCCGUGCGGGAGAUCGAGCGAUUGCGGCAACGGGUGCAGGAAUUGGAGGAACAAGUCGAACAGGCCGGUCGGACGGCGGUGCAGGGAGACCAGAAUCAGAGUCAGAAUCAGAAACAAGAUGCGAAACCCAGGCAGCAGCAACAUCGACCGUUGGGGACGCGACGAGGGGCGGAUGGAAUCCACACGCGCAGUGCCCACUCGACGCAGACGCAGUGGUACGGUCCUUCGUCGGCCUUCUACUUCAUCGGUCGCAUGAGCGCCUAUCUCAGCGCCGUGCUGGAAUUGCCGGAGGACGAGCACCAGAUUCAGCCCAACUCCGCCAGUCGCUUCUUCACCAGUCCGACCUCCACCAAAGAACCUCUGCCGGAGGAGCUGCCGGCCCCGUCGGCCGUCGGGGAAGAGGAGUCCUAUCUCAGCGGCAUCGAGGAGGACUUCUUUCUAAACCUGUUCUGGCAAUCCUACCAUCCCAUCUACCAGGUGCUGGACGAGGCCGACUUCCGGGAACACUACAAAUCGCUCUGGGUCGACUCGGCCACCACGCGCAAACCCUCCGCCCUGGUCGAUAUCGUGCUGGCCCUGUGCAUGCAGUAUGGCGUCGCCGUGACGCCGCACGGCAUUGCUGAUCGACCCGAUGGCCAGGUCGACCUCCACGACGCCAGCAUCGCCGGUCGCUGGUAUUACCGCCGGUCGCAAAUGCUCCUGAACUCCGAGCUGGAAAGUCCGUCCAUAGCCACGCUGCAGUGUCACAUUUUCUCUGUCGUCUACCUUUGCAACGCCUCCUUUCAGAACAUGGCGCACACGACCCUGGCGCUGGCAGUGCGCACCGCCCACAUCCUCGGUCUGCAUCUCGAGCCGCGCGAGAGCCUGCCGCGACCCCAGCGGGAACUGCGGAAACGCAUCUGGUGGACGCUGUACACCGUCGAGAUCAAAACGUGCAUGAAACUCGGCCGUCCGUGCUCCAUGGCCGACACGAUGGCCACCUGUCAACUCCCCGCCGAUGACCACGAGCUGGCGCGCCUGUCGGUGUCCAACAUCGCCGCCUACGGUGACCAAGUGACCUGGUUGACAUACAGUCGCCUCAUGACGGAGCUGGUGCUGGCCGCGCAGACCGUCCAUCUGAACAUCUACGACGAGCGGGCUGAGGUCCUGGCUGCUCGCGACGUCAAGAGCCUCUACACGGAUCCGGGCGCGCUGGAAGCCCUGGCGGAAUUCCUCACCUCGCAGCUGGGCAGCAUGCGCGAAUGGCUGCACAACGUCCCGGACGGCAUGAAGACCAAACGCAAAGACGGCGGCCAGUCCUUCUCCACGGACCGAUCAGCCCUCGACCUGGAGCGAUACGCGCCCUCGUGGCUGCAGCGCCAGCGACUCCUUCUGGAACUCCUCUACCACAACCUGUCGAUGAACGCCUACCGACCCUUCAUCUGCUUCCCAUCCCCAUCUACAUCCCUAUCGACCUCCACCUCCACCUCCCCUUUUCCCUUCCCCGGAGCCGGCACGGGCACCGGCCACAGUAGUAGUAGCAGCAGCACCCCGAUGGUCGACGCGCACGCCGUCUCGUGCGUCGACCACGCCAUUGCCAUCACGCACAUCCUCCGGCAGAUCCUCCCUUCGACCGAUUUCCUCAAGGGCUGGUACGAGGCCUUCCAGUGGCAAUGGAGCGCCACGCUCUCCAUGGUAGGAUUCGUACUGGCCUAUCCAUCACACGCCUCGACACCUGUUGCGCGCGCCACCAUCGACGACGCCGUCACCGUGCUGGAGAUCUUCGGCCUGAAUUUCGCCGUCGCCGGCAGCGCCGCGAACGUGACGCGCGGGCUCGCCGCCAAGGCCGAUUAUCUUGCCGCCGGCGGGGGCGGUCGGUUUGGCGUGCCUACGACCCUAACGCCGCCUUUCUCCGAUCAGAUGGAGCCGUUCCUGGCGUCGGUUGGCGGUGGUGGUCCGAGUGGUGGUGCUGCUGGUGGGGGCUCGGAUCUGGCCGAUGAGCCGAUGACGACAGCGGCCAUGUUCCAGAGCACAUUGGCCGGGGCGAUGGGGUUGGCGUAUAAUGUCGAUUCUUUCUAUAGUUUCGAGCCCUUGUACGCCGGGUCGAGGGACUUGGGGGAUGCGUGGAAUUUUGGUCAUGAGGUUUUAUGA